AUGCCAAAGAAGAGCACUCAGUCAACGUCAACAGCAGAUCUCGCACCGCAAACGAACAUUCCAAAUGUCUUCAAAGACGGCCUACCAAUCCCGAAAAUGUUUGCCUUUGACUUGGAUUACACUUUAUGGCCAUUCUGGGUUGAUACCCAUGUGACACCUCCUCUGAAAGCGAAAGAGGGCGGUGCAAAAUCUGUGGAUCGCUUCGGAGAAUCAUUUGCUUUCUAUCGCGAUGUCGCAACCAUUCUCGCGACCAUGAAAUCUCUACCCUCACCGCCCUUGCUUGCCACAGCCUCUCGGACACAUACACCAGACCUAGCACAGACACUUUUGAAGCAAUUAACGGUACCCACAACGCCGUGGAUACCGGCGACUACGACCUUCAAGCCGGCGCGAGAGUUUUUUGAUCAGCAUCAGAUAUUUCCGGGAGAUAAAAAGACGCAUAUGACACGAUUAUCCGAGAAGACGGGCGUUGCGUUUGAAGAUAUACUCUUUUUUGACGAUGAGACCAGGAAUCGGAACGUAGAGACACUCGGAGUGACCUUUUGGCUGGUCAGGGAUGGCGUCACCUGGGCGGAAGUGGAGAGGGGUGUGAGGGAGUGGAGGAGACGUAAUGCAAAGGAUGGGAAAUAG